CUGGAGGGAAGCUGGGGAGGCUUUGGCGGCUUGGGAGACCUUUAAACUUUGAAAUACCCGGGCAAAUCACAAAGUUGGACUAUAAGUUUGAGACCCUAGUGGAUGGCAAGUGAGGCGUCCUUACUGUCAGGAAAUACUGCGGGAAUCUUUCGCUGAGCCUCUAAAACCGUCUCAAAAUGACGGAAAUUGUGGAGGAAUAUGAGGAGUAUGAGGAGUAUGAGGAGGAGGAGGAGAUUGUGGACGAGAUUACAACGACGACUGUCACUGAGCACUCGAGCUCUCAGGUCUUUCAGUCUGGCUUGCCCACCAGGAAAGUCAGGAAGAAGGUCAAGGUGGAUACUUCCAAGUUCAUGACUCCAUACCUGGCUCACAGCCAGAAGAUGAUGGAGCAGUUCAGCCAUAACAAGUACCGGCAAGCGUAUGACCAGUCCAAAGGGACGCCUCCUGGCUACAUCGCUGAUACUCCUGAACUUAUCCGCAUCAAGAAGGCCCAGGAGCAGCUUAGCGAGGUUAAAUACCGCAUGGAGGGAAAUAAGGCUCGCACGACAAGCUUGUAUGAUGGUGAGGCCAGAGAGAUCGCUCACGUCAAGCACGUGUCUGAACUGAUCAGCAAGGUUCUGUACCGACAGAAGUGGGAUGAGACGAAGGACAGGUACCUGCUGCCUCCUGAUGCUCCUGAGCUGGUCCUGGCUGUGAAGAACGCUGCUAACUACAGCAAAAAACUUUACACGGAGGACUGGAAUCAGGACAAGACCAUGUUCUUCCCGUACAGCGACAGCCCUGAGCUGCGCAGAGUGGCCAAGGCUCAGGAGUGCCUCAGUGACGUUCUCUACAAGAAGGGUCACGACGAGCGCAAGGCUAAGUACACCUCCCUGGCUGAUCCUCCUGAAGUGGAGCUGGCCAAGAAAGUGGAACAACAGCGCAGUGAUCUCAAAUACAAGGAAGAUUACAAUAAAAAUGUGAAGGGUCAAUGGUGCGAGACGCCAUACUUUGACGUGGCCACCGCCAGGGUGGCAAUGGAGAACUUAAGCCAAAGAAGAUACACGCAACAAUAUGAGGACGAGAAAGAUCAGAUUUAUUUCAUGCAAACAGACACGCCCGUUUAUGACACGAACAAGAAGGCUCGUAUUGCUGCCAGUGAGGUCCAAUACAAGAAGGAAUACGACAAGAACAAAGCGCAGUCUGACUACAACACGCUCCCCGCCACAGAGAAUCCUCUCCUCAGACAGCUCAGAUACGCCGGCACCAUCCUCAGUGAUAAAGUAUAUAAAGCCAACUAUGAGAAAUCCAGAGGUUUCAGCAUCAACUACUGCGACACGCCCAAGUUUCAGAUGGACUCCGUACUUAAACAGUUCACUGACGCGCAUUAUAAAGAUAAGUAUGACAACGAGGUGAAGGGCCACUACAUCGGCAGCUAUGAAGACGUCUACAUGCUUCACUGCCAGAAAGUUGAGGAAAUGAAGAACGAGCAACAAUAUAAAGCUGAAUACGAAGACAUCAAAACAAGAUGCUUCUUCCCUCAAACAGUCACGCCCGAGUAUGAAGCAACAAAGAAGCUUGAACAGUGUAAAGAUAAAGUUUACCGGCAACAUCCAGACAAAGUGAAAUUUACACAAGUGGUGGAUUCGCCAGUUCUGGUUCAAGCCGCCAUCAACGCCAAACAGCUAAGUGACUUGAACUACAAAGAAAAGUAUGAGGGCAUGAAGUUCAAGAAUAGUCUUCCCCCAGACUAUCCCUUCUUCAUCCAGUCCAGAGUUAACGCUUUCAACCUCAGUGAUAACUGUUAUAAGUAUGAUUGGGAGAAAUCUAAAGCGAAAAAGUUUGAGGUCAGGGGUGACGCCAUCCCGAUCCUUGCUGCCCGUGCUCACACAAACAUUGCCAGUGAUGUUAAAUAUAAGAAGGAGUACGAGAAGAAAAAGGGACAGAUGGUCGGUGCCCUCAGCAUUAAUGACGAUCCCAAGAUCUUGCACUCAGUUCAUGUGGCCAAAAUCCAGAGUGACCGUGAAUAUAAAAAGGACUAUGAAAAGAUUAAGACCAAGUAUCACACACCGCUGGACAUGAUCUCUGUGACCUUGGCUAAGAAAUCCCAGGGGAUUGCCAGCAUGGCCGGGUACAGGAGCAUCAGCACCAACUUCUUCCUUCCCCCUGACAGUGUGCUGUUGGACUUGGCCAAGAAAGCCAACAUCAUCCAGAGUGACAAUGAGUACAAGUCCGACUACAACAACUACACAAAAGGUUCCCCAUGGAUUCCCUUCGGCUCCUUGGACGUGGAAAAGAAUAAAAAAGCUGCUGAGAUCCUUAGUGAGAAAAAAUACAGACAGCACCCGGACAAGAUCCCCUUUACCUCUAUUGAUGACCACCCCGUCAUGAUGCAGGCCAAAGUCAACCAGCUUCAGAGGAGUGAUCUGUUUUACAAGAGAGGUCUGGAGGAGAUCCAUCAGAAGUACUCGCUGCCUCCUGAUGUCCCCGAGUUCCUCCAGGCCAAGUGCAAUGCGUACAAUCUCAGCAAGAACUACUACAAGAUGGCCUGGCAGGAAUUGAUUGCUAAAGGUUAUGACCUGAAGCCUGAUGCUAUUUCUGUUAUUGCUGCCAAAGCUGCCAGACAUGCUGCCAGUGAUGUCCAGUAUAAAAAGGCUUACAUCAAAGCCAGAGGCCACCAUGUCGGCUUCCGCAGCAUCCAGGACGACCCCCUGCUGGUUCACUACAUGCAUGUGGCUAAGAUGCAGAGCGACAAGAACUACAAGAAGGACUACCACAAGGUCAAACUGAAGUAUCACUCUCCAGUGGACAUGCUGAGCGUGGUUCAUGCCAAACAUGCCUCUGCAGUGCAGACUUUUGCUGGCUACAAGCAGGACAACCAUAAGUACUGUCUUCUGCCUGACGCGAUGAGUCUGGACCUUGCUCGCACCAUGAACUACAAUGCCAGUGAUUACAACUAUAAACAAGAUUAUGAGACCUCCGUCAAGGGAAUUGGCUGGGUCCCCAUUGGGUCACUGGAUGUGGAAAAAGCCAAGGUUGCAGGAGCAGCUCUUGAUGAGAAGAAGUACCGCCAGCACCCUGAUACCUUCAAAUUCACCAGUGCCAUAGACUCCAUGAGCAUGGAGCUGGCUAAGACCAACGCCAAGAUCAUGAAUGCGAAAGAGUAUAAGGCCAGCGGAGAGAAGUUCAUGCACACUUAUCAUCUCCCUGCUGAUGCCCCUGAACUGAUGCAAGCCAGAUACAACGCCGUCAACAUCAGCCAGAAUUACUACACCUAUGCUCACCGUAAAGAUCUGCUCAAAGGACAUCACGUGAAGGAAGAUGCCAUUCCCAUCAUUGCAGCUAAAUCUGGCAGAGACAUUGCCAGUAAUUACAAGUACAAGCUGGCGUACGAGAAGGCCAGAGGCCACCAUGUCGGCUUCCGCAGCCUCCAGGACGACCCCCUGCUGGUUCACUACAUGCAGGUUGCUAAAAUGCAGAGCGACAAGAACUACAAGAAGGACUACCACAAGGCCAAGCUGAAGUAUCACACCCCAGUGGAUAUGCUGAGCGUGGUUCAGGCCAAGCACGCCUCUACUGUUCAGACGAUGGCUGGAUACAGGAAAAUCCCUCACAACUACCUCCUUCUGCCGGACAACCUUCACCUGCAGCAGUGUCGCAGCAUGAUGGAGAUUCAGAGUGAUAAUGUCUACAAAUCAGAUUACAACAGCUACAGUAAAGGCUUAGGAUGGGUGCCUAUUGGGUCUCUGGAUGUGGAGAAAGCCAAAGCAGCUAAACAUGCGCUGGAUGAAAGAGGUUACCGCCAGCAUCCCAGCACUCUCAAAUUCACAAGCAAGACGGAUGCUAUGAACAUGGUUCUGGCUAUGGGCAACACGAAGACGCUGGACAACACUUCAUACAGAGCUUCAGGUGAGAAGUUCGUGCACACCUAUAAUCUGCCAGCUGACUGCCCUGAGUUCCUCCAGGCCAAAUUCAACGCCCAGACCCUCAGCGAGAGUCACUACAAGCACAAAUGGCUGCAAGAUAUUGCCAAGGGAUACGACAUGAAGCCGGAUGCUAUUUCCGUCCUGCACGCCAAGCAUGGCAGACAUAUUGCCAGCAAUGUCCAAUACAAAAAAGCCUACGAGAAGGCCAGAGGCCACCAUGUCGGCUUCCGCAGCCUCCAGGACGACCCCCUGCUGGUUCACUACAUGCAGGUGGCUAAAAUGCAGAGUGACAAGAACUACAAGAAGGACUACCACAAGGCCAAGCUAAAGUAUCACACCCCAGUGGACAUGAUGAGCGUGGUUCACGCCAAGCACGCCUCUACUGUUCAGACGAUGGCUGGAUACAAAAACAUCCCUCACAACUACCUCCUUCUGCCAGACAACCUGCACCUGGGGCGCUGUCGCAACAUGAACGUCACGUCAAGUGAUGUUGAUUACAAGUCUGAAUGGAAUAACUACAUCAGAGGUGUUGGAUGGGUCCCUAUUGGCUCACUCGCAGUUGAGACCGCUAAAGUUGGCGGUCAGAUUCAGAGUGACCAAAGGUACCGCACUCAUCCAUCCAACUUCAAGUUCAGCAAGCUGAUGGACUCCAUGGACUUGACUCUGGCUACCGCCAACAACAAGAUCAUGAACAAGAAAGCAUACACUGCAGCUUGGGAGAAGGACAAACUAACAGUCCACAUCAUGCCAGAUGCUCCCGAGAUUGUCCUGGCCAAGGCUAAUGCCCUCAACAUGAGCAACAAACUUUACAAAGCUGGUGUUGUGGAGAUGGCCAAAAAGGGCCACAACCUCAAAGCUGAUGCCAUUUCAAUUUUGGCAGCCAAGUCCGGUACCACUAUUGCCAGCAAUUACAAGUACAAGCUGGCAUACGAGAAGGCCAGAGGCCACCAUGUCGGCUUCCGCAGCAUCCAGGACGACCCCCUGCUGGUUCAUUACAUGCAGGUGGCUAAAAUGCAGAGCGACAAGAACUACAAGAAGGACUACCACAAGUCCAAGCUGAAGUAUCACUCCCCAGUGGACAUGCUGAGCGUUGUCCAAGCCAAGCACGCCUCUACUGUUCAGACGAUGGCUGGAUACAAGCAGCAUAACCCCCACUACACUGUGCUGCCUGAUGCCAUGAACCUGCAACUGGCUCGCAACAUGCAGUUCAUUGCCAGUGAUAAUCAGUACAAGAGUGACUACGAGAGCUUCAUGAAGGGAAUCGGAUGGGUCCCUAUUGGAUCGUUGGAUGUUGAGAAAGCAAAAACAGCCGGCCGCAUCCUCAGUGAGAGCCAAUACCGUCAACAUCCCAGCAAUUACAAAUUCACCAAAGACAUGCACUCCAUGGAUUUGACACUGGCCACUGCCAACAACCAGAUUAUGAAUAAGCAAUCCUACAUUUCUGGCUGGGAGAAAGACAAGACUUCAAUCCACAUCAUGCCUGAUGCAAUGGACAUUGUUCUUGCCAGAGCAAACAAGAAGAACGUCAGUGAGAAACUCUAUAAAUUGGACAAUGAACUGUCCAAGAAGAAAGGCCAUAAUCUUCGUGGUGAUGCCAUUGCAGUAAAGGCCGCCAGAGCCUCCACUGCUAUUGCUAGUGAUUACAAGUACAAGACAGGAUACCGCAAGCAGGUCGGCCACCACAUUGGUGCUCGCUGCAUCCAGGACGACCCUCUGCUCAUGCUGGCUCUGAACUCAGCCAAGAUUGCCAGUGAUGCUCUCUACAAGAAGGACUUCAACAAGUCCAAGACCAAGUUCCACCUGCCAGUGGACAUGCUGGCCUUCGAACUGGCCAAGAAGAACCAGAUUCAGGUCAACCACGCCAACUACAUCACCCGCCUCCACAACUGGACUUGCCUGCCAGACUCCAAUGAUGUCGUCCAGGCCAGACAUGCGUAUGACAUAAUGAGUGAUGCUGUGUACAAGGAGGAUUUCAAGACGUUGCAGGGUGUUGGAUGGGUGCCUAUAGGUUCAAUUGAUGUUGAAAAAGCAAAGGUAGCUGCUGCAGCUCUGGCUGAGAGAGGGUAUCGUCAGCACCCAAGCAACUUCAAAUUCAAACUCACCACUGAAGACAUUCCCAUGGUGCUGGCUAAGGCCAACGCUCAGGUUAUGAACAAGAAAGCAUACGUUGAUGCCUGGGACAAAGAAAAGUCGAAGAUCCACAUCAUGCCUGACGCUAUGGAUGUUCUUCUGGCCAAAGCAAACAAUGUCAACUUCAGCUAUAAAAAGUACAAGCAGGCACAUGAAGACGCCAAGAAAAAGGGAUAUGACAUGCGUAAUGAUGCCAUAUCCAUCAUUGCAGCCAGGGCCUCCAGGGACAUUGCCAGUGAUUACAAAUACAAGACAGGAUACCGCAAGCAGGUCGGCCACCACAUUGGUGCUCGCUGCAUCCAGGACGACCCUCUGCUCAUGCUGGCUCUGAACUCAGCCAAGAUUGCCAGUGAUGCUCUCUACAAGAAGGACUUCAACAAGUCCAAGACCAAGUUCCACCUGCCAGUGGACAUGCUGGCCUUCGAACUGGCCAAGAAGAACCAGAUUCAGGUCAACCACGCCAACUACAUCACCCGCCUCCACAACUGGACUUGCCUGCCAGACUCCAAUGAUGUCGUCCAGGCCAGACAUGCGUAUGACAUAAUGAGUGAUGCUGUGUACAAGGAGGAUUUCAAGACGUUGCAGGGUGUUGGAUGGGUGCCUAUAGGUUCAAUUGAUGUUGAGAAGGCAAAGGUAGCUGCUGCAGCUCUGGCUGAGAGAGGGUACCGUCAACACCCAAGCAAUUUCAAAUUCAAACUCACCACUGAAGACAUUCCCAUGGUGCUGGCUAAGGCCAACGCUCAGGUUAUGAACAAGAAAGCAUACGUUGAAGCCUGGGACAAUGAAAAGUCGAAGAUCCACAUCAUGCCUGACGCUAUGGAUGUUCUUCUGGCCAAAGCAAACAACAUUAACUACAGCUAUAAACUGUACAAGCAGGCAAAUGAAGAAGCCAAGAAGAAGGGCUACGAUUUGCGCAAUGAUGCCAUUUCCGUCAUUGCAGCCAAGAAGGCCAGGAGUAUUGCCAGUGAUUACAAGUACCAUGAAGGAUACCGCAAGCAGGUUGGCCACCACAUUGGUGCUCGCUGCGUCCAGGACGACCCUCUGCUCAUGCUGGCUCUGAACUCAGCCAAGAUUGCCAGUGAUGCUCUCUACAAGAAAGACUUCAACAAGUCCAAGACCAAGUUUAACCUACCAGUGGACAUGCUGGCCUUCGAACUGGCCAAGAAGAACCAGAUUCAGGUCAACCACGCCAACUACAUCACCCGCCUCCACAACUGGACUUGCCUGCCAGACUCCAACGAUGUCGUCCAGGCCAGAAAGGCAUAUGACCUGCAGAGUGAUGCUGUCUACAAAGCUGAUCUGAAGUGGCUCCAGGGCCUGGGCUGGGUCCCCAUAGGUUCCCUUGAUGUGGAGAAAGCCAAGAAGGCUGCAGAAGUCUUGAGUGAGAGGAAGUACCGCCAGCACCCCAGCACGGUUCCCUUCACCAGCACCACAGAUGCCAUUAACAUUGUGCUGGCAAAAAACAACGCUCUGACCAUGAACAAGCAUCUCUACACUGAGGCAUGGGAGAAGGAAAAGACCAAGCUGCACAUCAAACCUGACACUCCUGAGAUCAUCCUCUCUCAGCAGAAUGCUAUCAACGUGAGCAGGAAACUCUACAGACAAGGUUUUGAGGCGAUGAUCAACAAAGGUUAUUUCCUCCCUGGGGAUGCAAUCUCCGUCAAGUCUGCUAAAGCCUCCAGAGACAUCGUCAGCGAUUACAAGUACAAGACAGGAUACCGCAGGCAGGUCGGCCACCACAUCGGUGCUCGCUCCGUCCAGGACGACCCUCUGAUCAUGCUGGCUCUAAACUCAGCUAAGAUCGCCAGUGACGCUCUGUACAAGAAGGACUUCAACAAGUCCAAGACGAAGUUCCACCUGCCAGUGGACAUGCUGAAUCUUGAGCUGGCCAAGAAAUGUCAGAUUCAGGUCAACGAUUUCAACUACAGAACUCACCUGCACCAGUGGACAUGUCUGCCGGACUCCAAUGACGUUGUCCAGGCCAGGAAAGCCUACGACCUUCAGAGUGAUGCCGUAUACAAGGCUGACAUGGAUGAGGUCAUAGGCGUAGGAUGGGUCCCCAUCGGUUCAAUUGAUGUGAUGAAGGCCAAAAAUGCUGCCAAAAUUCUCAGCGAGAAAAACUACAGGGUGAAACUCGACGAACAGAAAUACACGACCGACAUGUCCUCCAUACCCAUGGUCUUAGCCAAAACAAAUGCUGAAAUCAUUAACAAGAAAAACUACAUUGCCGCCUGGGAGGCUGACAAGAUUAAGACCCACGUAACACCUGACCUUCCUGAGAUUCUGCUUUCCAGAGCCAAUGCUUACAACAUCAGCCACAAAAAUUACAGGGAAGGUGUUGAGGCGAUGUUCAGAAAGGGCUAUAACAUGAAAGCCGACGCUAUCUCUGUUAUUGCCGCCAAACGUGGAAGAGAAAUCAUCAGUGAUUACAAGUACAAGACAGGCUACCGUAAGCAGGUCGGCCACCACAUCGGUGCCCUCAGCGUCAAUGACGACCCUCUGAUCGUGCUGGCUCUGAACUCAGGCAAGAUCGCCAGUGACGUUCUGUACAAGAAGGACUUCAACAAGUCCAAGACCAAGUUCCACCUGCCAGUAGACAUGCUGAAUCUUGAGCUGGCCAAGAAAUGCCAGAUUCAGGUCAAUGAUUUCAACUACAGAACUCACCUGCACAACUGGACCUGUCUGCCGGACUCCAACGAUGUCGUCCAGGCCAGAAAGGCGUACGACCUGCAGAGUGAUGCUGUUUACAAGGCCGACAUGGAAUGGAUCAAGGGAACAGGUUGGGUGCCAAUUGGUUCGAUUGAUGUGGAGAAAGCCAAGAAAGCAGCAGAGAUCCUGAGCGACAGGAAGUACCGUCAGCAUCCCAGCAAUUUCAAAUUCACUGCCAACACAACUGACAUACCAUAUGCCCUCGCUCAGGCCAAUGCCCAUACCAUGGACAAGAAAGCGUACACCGCUGCCUGGGAUCAGGAUAAGAUCAAUAUUCACGUCAUGCCUGACACCCCAGAGAUCGUCCUGGCCCAGCAGAACAAACUCAACACCAGCCGGAAAUACUAUCAUGAAGGCUUCUGGGACACCAUCAACAAAGGCUACUUCCUUCCCAAAGACGCAAUUUCUGUUUUGGCCGCCAGAGCCUCCAGAGACAUCGUCAGUGAUUACAAAUACAAAGCCGGUUUCCGCAAGCAAUGCGGCCAUCACAUCGGCGCCCUCAGUGUUAAAGACGACCCGCUGAUUAUGUUGGCCGCCAACGCAGCCAGGAUCUCCAGUGACAACAUCUAUAAGAAGGACUUCCACAAGACCAAGACCAAGUACAACCUGCCCGUGGACAUGCUGACAAUCGAACUGGCCAAGAAAUGCCAGAAUCAAGUCAACGACUUCAACUACAGAACUCACUUACACCAGUGGACCUGCCUGCCGGACUCCAACGAUGUGGUCCAGGCCAGAAAGGUCUACGACCUACAGAGCGACGCCGUCUACAAAGCUGAUCUGGAGUGGCUGAGAGGAUGCGGCUGGUCACCACAGGACUCUGUGGACGUCCUCAAAGUUAGACAUGCUCAGACUAUCAUCAAUGAAAGGCUGUACCGCCAGCCCCCGAGCACCGUGAAGUUCACCAGUGUGGUCGACCUCCCGGCUAUUGUCUUGUCCAAGCAAAACGCUGACAACCUCAGUGGUUGGAAAUACAGGGAAGUCUGGGAUAAGGACAAGCUCACCAUUCACAUACCACCCAACAACCCCGCCGCUGAACUGGCAAAGGCCAACGCUGUCAACAUCAGCAAUAAACUGUACACAAAGGCAUGGGAUGACCAGAAGGCCAAAGGCUACAAUAUCAAGGAGGAUACUAUUUCCGUGCUGAAGGCCAGGGCUUCCAGAGAUAUCAUCAGCAACUACAAGUACCAUGAAGGAUACCGUAAGCAGGUCGGCCACCACAUCGGUGCUCGCUGUGUCCAGGACGACCCUCUGAUCAUGCUGGCAAUGAACUCAGCCAAGAUCGCCAGUGACGCUCUGUACAAGAAGGACUUCAACAAGGCCAAGACCAAGUUCCACCUGCCAGUGGACAUGCUGAAUCUUGAGCUGGCCAAGAAAUGUCAGAUUCAGGUCAACGAUUUCAACUACAGAACUCACCUGCACCAGUGGACAUGUCUGCCGGACUCCAACGAUGUGGUCCAGGCCAGAAAGGCGUACGACCUGCAGAGUGAUGCUGUGUACAAAGCUGAUCUGGAGUGGUUGCGUGGAUGUGGAUGGAUGCCACAUGAGUCUGUGGAGGUUAUGAAGGUGAAGAACGCGCAGAAGAUCCUGGCUGAUAGAGGCUACCGUAUCAAGUUGGAUGAACAGCAGUUCAUGGUUCCAUCUGACAGAAUCGACAUUGUCCGUGCCAAGAAUGCUGCUGAGGUCCUCAACGAGGCCAAGUAUCGUGAGGCCUGGCAUAAGGACAAGACCAAGUACACACUUGUGGAGACUCCAGUUCUCGUCACGGCCAGAGAGGUGGCUAAGAACGUCCACCCGCAUCUGUACACCAAAGCUUGGGAUUCGGUCAAAGCCACAGGUUACUUUAUGCCUGGAGAUGCCGUACCAAUCAAGCAGUGCAUCCACACGACCAAAGUGCAGAGUCAACAUAAUUACCAUGAAGGAUACCGUAAGCAGGUUGGUCACCACAUCGGAGCCCUCAGCGUCCAGGACGACCCUCUGCUCAUGCUGGCUCUGAACUCAGCCAAGAUUGCCAGUGACGCUCUGUACAAGAAGGACUUCAACAAGUCCAAGACCAAGUUCCGCCUGCCGGUGGACAUGCUGCAGUUUGAACUGGCUAAGAAAUGCCAGAGACAAGUCAAUGAUGACCUGUACAGAACCGGCCGCCUGCACCAGUGGACUUGUCUGCCAGACCAGAACGACGUCAUCCAGGCCCGCAAGGCCUAUGACCUCCAAAGUGAUAAUGUGUACAAAGCUGAUUUGGAGUGGCUCCGUGGCUGCGGCUGGAUGGCAGCCGACUCUGUUGACCACGUUAAGGUCAAGAAGGCCCAGGAGAUUCUCAAUGAGAGACUCUACAAGAAGAACGCCCAAGAAUGCUUUGGAAAAUUCACCCUGAUCGUGGACCGCCCUGAAAUUCUGUUGGCGAAGAUGAACGCCGCCAACCUCAGUGACCUGAAGUACAAAGAGACCUUCAAUGCAGAGAAGGGUAUUUACAUUGGCUCAGAGGACACUCCUCAGCUCGCCCACAGCAGGGAGGUGUCUAAGAUCAUCAGCGAGAAACUCUACAAACAACAUUGGGACGAGUCGAAGGCCACAAGCUACCAGCUGGACCACCAGUACAUCCCACUACUCAGCGGCAAGAAGGGCAGGGAGAUCGCCAGUGAUGUCAAGUACAAGGAUUCCCAUGAGAAGGCCAAGGGUCACUACAUGGCCGGCACCCUGGUGGACUUCCCUGAGGUGAUGCGCUGUGGAUCACAGGAGAAGAACAAGGGACUGAGACUUUACCACAAGGACUACCACCAGACCAAGACAAAGACCCACAUCCCACCUGACAUCAUCGCUAACUUGGUUGCUAAGCGGUGCCAGGACAUGCUGAGUGACGUCCUCUACCGCACCUACCUGCACCAGUGGACCUGCCACCCAGAACAGGAGGACGCCAUCCGUGCCCGCAGGACCAACGAGAUUCUUAGUGAUGUGUAUUACAAGGAUGACCUGAACUGGAUGAAGGGUAUGGGCUGCUACGCCUGGGACACGCCAGAGAUCCUGCGUGCCAAGAAGUCCUAUGAGCUGCAGAGUGAACUUAAAUAUAGAGACGAUGCCAAGAAAGAAUUCAACAACUACUCCAUUGUGACCGACACCCCGGCUUAUGUGACUGCUGUGCUGGGCCACACGUGGGCCAGUGAUCUCAACUACAGGGAGGCGUAUCACAAGGAGAAGCACCUGUAUACCACUGUCCUGGACACCUACGACUACGCCAGGUGCCACAACUUCAAGCUCUUCUUCAGCAACAAAAACUACAGUGCCGCCUGGGACAAAAUCAAAGCCACCAGCUACCAGAUUCCACACGACUCAAACGCCCUGCAGCACGCCAAGCAGCAGAAGAUCAUCCUCAGCAGCGUGAAGUACAAGGAGGAUUAUGAGAAGUUCAAGUCCCUGUACAGUCUGCCCAAGUCUCUUGAGGACGAUCCCGCCACUGCUCGCUGUGUCAAAGCUGGAAAGCUGGUCCUGGAUCGUCUGUACCACGAGAACUAUGAGAAGACCAAGGCCAAGAACCACAUCCCACCAGACAUGCUGGAGAUCCUGUCUGCCCGCAACACUCAGGCCACCGUCAGCGGGAUCCACUAUCGCAAGUAUCUGCACCAGUGGAUCUGCCUCCCUGACAUGCAGGUGUACGUCCAAGCACGCAAGGUCAACGAGCAGCUCAGUGACAUCUUCUACAAGGAUGACCUGAACUACCUGAGGGGCAUCGGCUGCUACGCCUGGGACACGCCCGAGAUCCUCCGUGUGAAGCACGCUGGUGAUCUUCAGAGUGAGAACAAGUACAGAGCCAAAGGUAUCGAGUCUUUCAAGGAUUACUCAGUGGUGACGGACACUCCAGUGUACGAGACAUCCAAGCAGAACUCUGUGAACCUGAGCGACCUGCACUACCGCUACGAUUACAACGCCAACAUCAAGGGCACCAACACCGCUCCUGCUGUUACUGUCGACACCGAGAGGGCACGCAUGGCGAACUACAUUCAAAGCGAUAACUGGUACAAGGAGGCCAAUAAGGGCUUCAUGCCCACUGGUUACUCUCUGCCCCACGACACCCCGCUCAUCAAGCAGGCUAAGAUGAACAGUGUUGUCACCAGCAAUGUGAAGUACAAGGAGGCUUACGAGAUGACAAAGGCAAAGUCCUACACUCUUCAUCCAGAGGGCGUCAACUUCGUCAGCGCAAGGAAGGCCAACAAGAUCACCAACAACCGUCUGUACCGGGAGGACUACCACAAGACUAAGGACAAGAUCCACACAACCUACGACACCCCCGAAAUCAAACAAGUCAAGAUGAACCAGACGAAUCUCAGCGAGUUGUGCUACAGAGAGAAAUACUACAAUACCAGAGGCCAGCUGAUCUCUUUGCCCAUUACGCCCGAGCUGAUGCACUGCCACCACGUCAAUGAGAUCACCAGCGAGCUGAAAUACAAAGAGGAUCUGACAUGGCUGAGAGGCAUUGGUUGCUUCUUGUACGACACCCCUGAGAUGAUCCACGUCCGUAACAUCAACAAACAGAGGAUCACCUACCCAGUGGAGGCCAAGAAGAACCUCGCCAACUUCUCCGUGGUCCUGGACACACCAGAGUAUAAACGCGUGACUGAGCUCAAGACCCACAUGAGCAACCUGAUCUACAAAGCCCAGAGCAAAGAGGAGAUGGCUAAGGUCACCACCACUGUGGACUCUGUGGACAUCAAGAGAGCCAAAUGGGCCCAGCAGCUGACUAACAAGUACCAGUACACUGAUCUGGCCAGUAAGGAAAGAUGUCAUUUCACUCCAGAAAGUGAGACUCCACACAUGGACCAUGCUCGGAAAAUGAAAGUGAUCUACAGUGAUAACAAAUACAAAGACCAGUAUGAGAAGAUGAAGCACAGAUACACCGCCAUCGCUGACACACCUCUCCUGAUCCGCGCCAAGAAGUCCUACCUCCAGUCAAGCGAUCUUCGUUACAAAGAGACCUUUGAGCUCUCCAAGGGGCACUACCACACAGUCAAGGACGCUCUGGACAUCACCUACCACCGCAGAGUCACUGACGACAUCAGCGAGGUUAAAUACAGGGAGAAGUACAUUAACUCUCUGGGUACGUGGAAGUCUAUCCCCGACCGUCCUGAGUUCUUCUUCAGCAGGAUUGUCAACGAUAACGUCAGCACCGUCAAGUACAAGGAGGACCUGGAUUGGCUGAAGGGUAUCGGCUGCUUUGUGUGGGACACACCUGAGCUGGUGACGGCUGAGAGGAACAAGACGCUGUACAGUGAGAGACUGUACAAAGCCUCCUUCGAGAAGAACAGAGGCAACUUCAGGUACACCUGCGACACGCCGUUCUUCCAGGCUGCCAAGUACGCCUCCACUAUCAUCAAUGAUGUGAGAUAUAAAUCCAAAGCAAAGGAUCUUCUAAAGAGUGGUUGCAAUGAGCUACACCGCCCUGACAUCCUCACAGCCCUUUUCCAGUCCACCAUGAGCAGUAAGUGGAGGUACAGGGAGCAGUAUGAACGCGCCAAGGACAAGUUCACCUCAGUUCUGGAGACUCCGGAGUACGAGGCCCACAGACGCAGCAAGAAAAUCAGCGAUAUCAUCUACAAGAUGGAAUACAACAAGACUAAGGCUAAGGGAUACACUCUGCCUUAUGAUACUCCACACCAGCAGCACAUGAAGAAGGUCAAGGAUAUCACCAGCAACCUGAAGUACAAAGAAGUGUAUGAGAAGUGCAAGGCCCAGAUCAACAUGGACCCCGAGGCUCAUGAGAUUCGUGCUGCCAAGGAGGCCUACAAGAACAUCAGCAACCUUGACUACAAGAAGAAGUAUGAAGCCAACAAGAUGAAGUGGAUCUGGACAGCAGACAGACCCGACUUUGUGAAUGCUGCCAAGAACUCCCUGCAACAGAGUGACGUUGAGUACAAGUAUGACAAAGAGACACUGAAGGGCUGCGUGAUUCCUGUAGCUGAUGACAAGUUGACUCUCUUGAGACUGAAAAAUACCGAAAUGGCCAGCGAUGUGAAGUACAAAGAGAAGUAUGAGAAGACAAAGGGCCACUAUGUGCCCGUGAUGGACACUCCUCAGAUCCUCCAUGCCAAGGCUGUACGCACUCUGGCAUCAGAGAGCAAAUACAAGGAGGCCAGUAAGAAGGAAAUGCAGUCCGGCUCAUUCACCACCCUGUCCGAGACUCGUGACACCGCCCACAGCAAGAACGUCAACAAGCUCGUCAGCAAGAAUGUGUACAAAGCCAAGUUUGAGAAGGACAAGGGCAAGUCAAUUUAUAAUCAAAUGAUUGUACCACCUGAUGUACAGCACGCCAUGGGAGUGGCCAAGACUCAGAGCAGCGUGAACUACAAGAAAGACGCCAAAGCCAACCUGCACUACACCACUGUAGUCGACCGUCCUGACAUCAAGAAGGCUACCCAGGCUGCCAAACUGAUCAGUGAGAUCGGCUACCGUGACAAGGCCCGCGAGGAGGCCAGCCGCGGAGGCUCUCUGGUCCACCGCCCAGACAUCGCUCUGGCCACUGAGGUCUCCAAGCUGACCAGUCAGGUGGACGCCAAGCGCUCCCUCCACGGAGCAGCUUCCUAUGAUACCCCCCAGAUGCGCCACAUUAAGAAAAUGAGUGCCCUGACUAGUGAUCUGAAGUACAAGGAGAAGUUUGACAAGGAGGUGAAAGGAAAGAGACCACAAUAUGACCUGAAGGAGAGCAAGAUUUACAAGACUUUGAAGGAUGCCAAUGACCUGGCUAGUGUGGUGAAGUACAAGGGUGACCUGAAGAAGAUCCACAAGCCUGUGACCGACAUGGCGGAGUCUCUGUCCAUGCAGCACAGCCUGAGCACCAGCAAACUGUCCAGCGACUACUGCUACAAGAGGAAAUUUGAGGAGAGUAAGGGUCACUACCAUUUGAUUCCCGACACGCCAGAACGGCUCCAUCACAAGGAGGCCUCUGAGCUUCAGAGCCACGUGAAAUACAAGGAGAAGUAUGAGAGGGAGAAGGGCAAGCCCAUGCUGGACUUUGAGACACCCACAUAUGUGACUGCGAAGGAGGCCCAGCACAUGCAGAGCCAGAAAGACUAUAAGAAGGACUAUGAGGAGCACAUGAGGGGCAAGAACCUCUCAGGCUUGGAGGUCACGCCCGCCAUGGUACAUGUCAGAAACGCCACCAAAAUAAUGAGUGAGAAAGAGUACAGGAAGGAUCUAGAGGAGGGAGUGAAGGGUAAAGGGCUAACUGCACUGGAGGAAACUCCGGAGCUUUUGAGAGCAAGGAAUGCCACUCAAAUCCUGUGUGAGAGAGAGUACAAGAAGGCGCUGGCAGAGAUUAAGGGCAAAGGAAUGUUGGCUUUGGCUACAGACACCCCCGACUUCAUGAGGGCGAGGAACGCUACUGACAUCCUCAGUCAGACUAAGUACAAGCAGACCGCUGAGAUGGACAGAGCGAGCUACACCACUGUCAUCGACACCCCAGACAUCAUCCAUGCUCAGCAGAUGAAGAACAUCGUCAGCCAGAAAAAGUACAAAGAGGAGGCUGAGAAGACCAUGUCUCACUAUGUGCCCGUCCUGGACACUCCGGAGAUGCAGAGAGUCCGUGAGAACCAGAAGAACUUCAGCACUAAUCUAUACCAGAUUGACCUUAAAAACAUAAAGGGCAAAGUGUCUACUGUAAAGGACACUCCUGAAAUGCUUCGUGUUAAAGAGAAUACAAAGAAUUUCAGCUUGAUUCAGUACAAAGAGGAUUUGGGCGGAGGAACAGCUUUGCCCGAGACCCCUGAGAUGGAGCGAGUCAAACGCAACCAGCGAAACAUUAGCACGAUUCAGUACAAGGAGUCUGUGGGUCAAGGCACAUCCAUACCAGACCUCCCUGAGGUGAAGCGGGUCCGAGAAACCCAGAAGAAUAUCAGCUUGAUUCAAUACAAAGGAGAAGUGGGACAAGGCACGGCAGUAUCAGAGACCCCUGAGAUGGAGAGAAUUAAACGCAAUCAGCAAAACAUUAGCACGAUUCAGUACAAGGAGUCUGUGGGUCAAGGCACAUCCAUACCAGACCUCCCUGAGGUGAAGCGGGUCCGAGAAACCCAGAAGAAUAUCAGCUUGAUUCAAUACAAAGGAGAAGUGGGACAAGGCACGUCAGUUUCAGAGACUCCAGAGAUGGAAAGAGUUAAACGCAAUCAGCUCAACAUUAGCACGAUAAAAUACAAGGACUCUAUGGGUCGAGGUACGGCGAUACCGGACCUCCCGGAGGUGAAGCGGGUCAAACAAACCCAGAAGCACAUCAGCUCGGUGUUGUAUAAAGACAGUUCAGCCAAGGGGACUCCUGUGGUGUUUACCCCAGAGAUGGAGCGAGUCAAAAGGAACCAAGAAAACAUUAGCUCGGUGCUGUACUCCGACAGUUUCCGUAAGCAGGUCCAGGAGGCCGCCUUCGUCCUGGACACACCUGAGAUGAGACGCGUCAGGGAGACCCAGCGCAUCAUCUCUGGAGUGAGAUACCAUGAAGACUUUGAGAAGAACAAAGGCAGCUUCACUCCCACCACGUCUGACCUGGUGACCGAGCGCGUCAAGAAGAACACUCAGGACUUCAGCGACAUCAGCUACCGCGGCAUCCAGAGGCGCGUGGUGGAGAUGGAGAGGAGACGUGCCAUCGAGCACGACCAGGAGACCAUCACCGAUCUGCGUGUGUGGCGCACAAACCCCGGCUCUGUGUUUGACUACGACCCUGCUGAGGACAACAUCCAGUCCAGGAGUCUGCACAUGAUGUCAGUACAAGCUCAGCGUCGCAGCAAGGAGCACUCCCGCUCCACCAGCGCCCUGAGCGGCAUGGCUGACGAGAAGUCUGAGGUGUCCCAGGACGCCGACCACCACAUGUCCCUCUACAGCAACGGCUUCAUGGCCUCCUCUAUCGGUUACCAGCAGGCCAAGACUGUGGAGGUGCAGCAGAGGUCAUCAUCUGUCGCCACCCAGCAGACCACCGUCUCCUCCGUCCCCUCACACCCCUCCACCACCGGGAAAACUGUUCGCGCCAUGUAUGACUACUCUGCAGCCGACAACGAUGAGGUGUCCUUCAAGGACGGCGACGUCAUCGUUAACGUGCAGUCCAUUGACGAGGGGUGGAUGUACGGUACCGUGCAGCGCACCGGCAAGACCGGCAUGCUGCCCGCCAACUACGUUGAAGCAAUUUAAAAGACAAAGCCCGCCCAUCGUCCCUCCAGAGUGGGCGCGACACAUCCACAGGGCAAACUUUUGGUCUUCCUGUGAACACACCCGCGGCUUAGUGCAAUGAUUAGUGUCUUGAAGCUCUAACUGUAUUUUGAUUGUGUUGUAAUUCGCGUCUGUUUUCAUUCAUGUCUCGCUGCCUCUGUUGCCUGUGGAUGUGACAUCAGCAUCUAGACAUAUAAAUAUUUCUGAUUAUACAUACAAAGACUACUAUGAAUGACAGGCUAUGAUAGAUUGUUUUAACUGUUCUAAGACGCCCUCUUAGGAAAACGAGACUCACCGACACCCCUCCCCUUGUAUAUUUCAAAAAUAUUUAAUAUAUAUAAAACCGUUUUUGUCCGAGUACCCAAACAGUGGGCUCAAAUAGUUCCAAUAAAUGGAAAGUCUACGGAGAGAAAAAGAAAUGACUAAAAUGAUGAAACUUUUAAGGAGUCAGUUACCGUCUGUCUCCUCCAUGAUUUAACCGCUCCUGAAGAGUCGUACGAGACGAGCCUCAGUCUUCCCUCCUUUACACUGAAGGCUAGUCACUAGUAGAGUGUGUGUUUUGUUUUCUCCGAUUAUUUAGGUCCUCUACCUUUAAUCCGUAGCCAAUAAAGCACACCAAGCUCCUGCA